AUGUCGCCUUACGAGGUACUGGGUAUUCUGCCAACGGCUACCCUUGAAGAAGUUAAUCAAGCUUUCCGCCGGAGAGCUUUGGAAUGGCAUCCCGAUAGAAAUUUGCACAGAAAAGAAGAGGCAGAAAGGGUCUUUAAGGAGAUUGGAGAAGCUUAUGCGAUUGUGUGGAAAAAACUGCAGUCUAGAUCACCCGUACGGUCGUCCCCACGCUCAGUUAGUACAAAGCCCGCCCAGCAGGGAAAACCGCAUAUCCAUCGACCCUGGGCCAUACCGGACAACCAGUGGUAUGGCCGGGAAGGAAAGGAGCAAUACGUCUUGAGCACUGCGUCGGUAAACACGGCGGACAAGAGCACCACUAAGAAUGCAAAAAGCUGGACCCGCAGUGUGGAUGCAAAUGUCCCCGCAGCCGAUGUGAGGGUUUCUAGCAGCGAACGAGAAGGACGUGAACAGGAAUCGACAAUCCAACCACAAAGCACUAUGCAAAGCCAACAGGGGUAUCAUACUUUGGACGGUAUCGUGGAUGUCCAAAACGAUCAUUCAAAAGAAGAACACGGGCAAGAACCGAUUCCCCCAAACAGGGGAACGAGAGACCGCGAGACAGUUCUUCCUCUUAUCAAGCGUUUUGCAGCUUCCAUACCGCCGUUGUUCAAGAGGAAACAUGCAAGCGGUUUGUCCCAAUCACCAACGCAUGUCAAGGUGGAAGAUUUACCUCACUUCAAAGCGACGCUUAUUGCGCUGUUUGGUACAGCUGAGUUAGACAAGGAGUUGAUUGAUGAUGUGUGGUUGAAUAUAGAGAUGGGUCAGUCAAGUGUAUGAAGAAG